CUCACCCUAAUGUAAGAUGGUGGCCGGUCUGGCAGCGGAGCGCGCAGAGCCUAGAGAUUACCCGUCUCUCACAUAAAGGUCGUCGGUGGAGUCACUCAGCUCUAUCCCCGCUAUUGUCAAAGAGAAGGAGCGCCCGAGAGAGUAUUGACGCCCCCGCCACCACACAGCCCGGUUGCUGUGGAACAGGGACGACGAGGUGGAUCUUUGAAUAUCUUCAUUUUAUUUUUCUGUGCUGAUAUUAUUCCUCCCUUAAGUUAUUAUAUACUUUUUGCUGCUCUGUGAGAAGAGAUGUCUCGCAGCCCAGAUGCAAAGGAAGACCCUGUGGAAUGCCCCCUUUGCAUGGAGCCUUUGGAGAUUGAUGAUAUAAACUUCUUCCCUUGCACCUGUGGUUAUCAGAUCUGUCGCUUCUGUUGGCAUCGUAUUCGCACGGAUGAGAAUGGACUUUGUCCUGCUUGUAGAAAGCCAUAUCCAGAAGAUCCAGCAGUAUACAAACCACUCUCCCAAGAAGAGCUGCAGAGGAUAAAAAAUGAAAAGAAACAGAAACAAAAUGAGAGAAAACAGAAGAUAUCAGAGAAUCGUAAGCAUCUGGCCAGUGUACGGGUUGUACAGAAGAAUCUUGUUUUUGUAGUAGGUUUAUCCCAGCGUCUAGCAGACCCAGAGGUUUUGAAAAGGCCAGAAUAUUUUGGAAAAUUUGGUAAAAUACACAAAGUUGUCAUCAACAACAGCACAUCAUAUGCAGGCUCACAGGGUCCAAGUGCAAGUGCAUAUGUAACAUACAUCCGGUCAGAAGAUGCACUCAGAGCUAUACAGUGCGUUAAUAAUGUGGUAGUAGAUGGAAGAACACUUAAGGCAUCUUUAGGAACCACAAAGUACUGCAGUUACUUUCUGAAGAACAUGCAGUGUCCAAAGCCAGACUGUAUGUACCUACAUGAACUAGGGGAUGAAGCAGCCAGUUUCACAAAAGAAGAGAUGCAGGCUGGCAAGCAUCAAGAAUAUGAACAGAAGUUACUCCAAGAGCUAUACAAAUUAAACCCCAACUUUCUCCAGCUAUCCACAAAUGUAGUUGACAAGAACAAGAACAAAGUGACUUCUCUACAGAGGUACGAUGUACCCAACAGUAAUAACAAAGAUGCCUGGCCAUCAUUACAGAGUUCAAGUAAAUCAGUCAACGGCUUAACAAUGGAACACAGGAAAACGCCUCCUAUUUUAGAAAAUGGCACAGACCCAGAACACAUGACUCCAGAUGGUCCAGAUUCAGAUUUCGGCUCUAUCGACAAGCCGUCAGAUUCUCUCAGUAUAGGAAAUUGUGACAACUCACAACAGAUAUCAAAUAGCGACACACCAUCACCACCUCCUGGUUUAUCAAAAUCCAAUUCAGUCAUCCCAAUCAGUUCAUCCAACCACAGUGCACGUUCUCCAUUUGAAGGAGCUAUAACAGAGUCACAGUCCCUCUUCUCAGACAACUUUCGGCAUCCCAACCCAAUUCCAAGUGGACUCCCCCCAUUUCCCAGCUCCCCACAGACGUCCAGUGACUGGCCCAUGGCACCAGAGCCACAGAGUCUCUUCACAUCAGAAACCAUCCCAGUAUCCUCCUCUACAGACUGGCAGGCAGCAUUUGGAUUUGGUUCAUCCAAACAGCAAGAAGAUGACUUGGGAUUUGAUCCCUUUGAUAUCACCCGCAAAGCCUUAGCAGACCUGAUUGAGAAGGAACUGUCAGUCCAAGAUCAACCCUCCCUCUCACCAACAUCUCUUCAGAAUCCUUCCCCACACACUACAACCGCCAAAGGGUCAGGAUCUGGAUUUCUGCAUCCUGCUACACCCACAAAUGCCAAUUCUCUCAAUAGCACAUUUUCAGUCUUGCCACAGAGGUUCCCACAGUUUCAACAGCAUCGAGCAGUUUAUAAUUCCUUCAGUUUUCCUGGCCAAGCAACUCGCUAUCCUUGGAUGGCCUUCCCUCGCAAUAACAUCAUGCACUUGAACCACACAGCAAAUCCCUCUUCGAAUAGCAAUUUCUUGGACUUGAACCUCCCACCUCAACACAGCACAGGUCUAGGAGGGAUCCCCAUAGCAGACAACAACAGUUCUGUAGAGAGUUUAAAUAUGAAGGAAUGGCAGGACGGGCUAAGGGCACUUCUACCGAACAUUAACAUCAACUUUGGUGGACUGCCCAAUGCUACUUCCCCCUCCAACGCCAACCACAGUGUACCAACGUCCAACACUGCCACAACCGACAGCCUGAAUUGGGACAGCCCUGGGAGCUGGAUGGACCCCGCAAUCAUCACAGGUAUCCCAGCCUCCGCUGGAAACAGUUUAGACUCUCUUCAAGACGACAAUCCACCACAUUGGCUAAAGUCUCUUCAGGCUCUCACAGAGAUGGAUGGCCCCAGUGCUGCCCCAACACAGACCCCCCACAGUAACCCUUUCAGUACACAAAUUCCAUUGCACAGAGCCAGCUGGAACCCCUAUUCCCCUCCUUCAAACCCUGCCAGUUUCCACUCUCCUCCCCCAGGCUUUCAGACAGCUUUCAGACCCCCCAGUAAACCCCCCACAGAUUUACUACAGAGCUCGGCGUUGGAUCGUCAUUAGGAAAAGUACAAAAACAUUAGAAAUGCAGGAAUUGCUCCUCCCAGACUUCCUGUACCCAUCUAUGGCCCCUCUUCCAUAUUUUUCUUUCUGAAGAAUCUGGUUCCUGAUCAAAAAUCUUUCCCAGCCAGCUUCCAAAUGCAAUGCAAUCACAGGGUCAUAACUAUUAUAUUUUUUUUGUUAUGUUUUGCUGAGUCAGUGUUUGA